AAACUAACUGGCUGAAUAUUACCGCCGCCGCUAAGUGCGACGUACCUCUUUCCUUACACCUGAGAGAGAAAAGAAGUAGAAGGCGGUGGAACCCGCAAGCUUCUAAACCUCAGGUAUCCUUCCGAAACAAGCGAACAGAGAGCAAUAGUAUCAAACACUAUUUUUAAAGACGGCAUGAAAAGUAUUGGUUGUUGGAUACGCUGAGGAGAAGUGGACCUGAAAGAAAACUGACUUUGCGAGGUCCUCUUCCACGGUGCGACAGUUACCUCAGGAAACAAAGAAAAGCAGCGGCCGUCUAUGUCGUUACGUCAGACCGAGGGCUGUAUAUAUUUACAUCUCCUCCCCAACAGUUUUCAGUACGGGCUUUCAGUGCUUUAGUGUAAGAAUGGUUCACGAAAAGCGGCAGGGAACUGCUGCUGAAGCUUCUAACGCAAGUACUUCGACGGAGACAGAGAAAAAGAAACGUGUUUCGGGCUCUCUCUCGCAAUUGAUUCUUCAAGUUUUAGAAGCUUGCAAUUCCCGAAAAGGUAUCUCGCUGGCUGCUCUCAAAAAGUCUCUGAUCGAAGCUGGGUAUAACCUGACUAAGAAUAACCUCCGCCUCAAAAGGGAGCUGCGCAACUUGGUCUCCAAUGGAGUGGUGGUCCGUGUCACAGGCAGUGGUGUUUCUGGCUCCUUCAAGUUCGGCAAGAAUCAACCACCGAAGUCGAAAAAAGCGGCUAACAAAACGGCCAAGGGGAAAAGGGAGCCUAAAAAGGGCCGGAAGAAACAACCGGCAGUUCAUAAACCUAAAGGUCUCCAGGGUCGUAAACCUUCCAACUCUGGAAGGAAACGUCAGGUGAACAAACGCCCUGCCGGGAAAUCUCGUUAACGAGGUCCUCGCUUUUCCUAACUUCACAAAACUACAAAAGGCUCUUUUAAGAGCCACUCCGGAAUCGCUGAAAGAGCUAAUGACAUUUUCGGAUCAGGUUUUUUUGCAGAGUACCAGUAAAGGACACCCGUUUUGAAUGAUCUCGGGUUAAUAGUUUAAGUGUACUCGGAAAAAUCGAAGGGUUUAAAAAAAAAAUAGUAGCCUUUGAGUAUAUAAAAUAAACUUGUGUCAAAUGAGGAUUACAGUUCCUUUUUUUUCCUCAGAAGCCUCGCUAUUUUCUUAUAUUGCAAGGUAAAUAGGUGAAGGAUUUCAUAAUUACUGUAUAACUCAAGCAUGUUAAAUUGAACUUGUAAUACAGGAAUAGAACUUAAAAAUCAUA